GGCAGUGCAGGCGUAUGCGCACUGCCGGCGGACGUGGGGCUGUGUCGCGCAAGCUUUGAGCGCUUUCACUACAACGCCAAAACUGGCACGUGCGAGAAGUUCAUUUGGGGCGGUUGCGGUGGAAACGACAACAACUUCGAAACGGAGCAGCAGUGCAAGGACAAGUGC